AUGGGAAGUUUAUGUGGGGUUCCUCCAGAGAAGAAAGAAUUAAUUCAUGAGCUCCACCAACUAGCCAACCUUGGAAUUCGUCUAAUUGACUCAGGCAGUGUAGGAAUUGAUGUUAAUAAUCCAACUGUUUCAUCCUUACAUGUGGAAGUGAAGGAACGUCAAUAUGAAGAUCCUCAAUUGAGCCACUACAGAGAUACAUUCCAUGAGAAGGAGAAGUCUCCAUUCGAACUUCAUAUAGAUGAAGUUCUUAGAUACCGAGGCAGAUUUGCUAAGAAGAAAAAUGAUAAUAAUAGCAAGGAAAUGAUCCAGAAAGGUGAUGACCAAGCUGUGACUAGUAAGAAUAAUGGAAGUGAGGAGAUAGAAAAAGUGGAGGAAAAAAAUGACACUAAACAGGUUGAGGAAAAAGCUGUAGAAAUACAUACUAAUAAGACCAAAGGAGAAAAACAAAGGGAGAAGAGAAAACAGAGAAGGAGAAGAAACGCUUUGAAAGUUGUUACAAAAAAAGGUCAAGAAGGAAGUAAGAACAAGGAAAAGAAGCAGAGGAAAGAUGGAGAAAAGGAAAAUCAGAAUCAGGUCAAUAAUGACAAUAUUGAUGAUGAGACUAAUCAACUCCUCAAUAAAGACAUUAUCCCUGCUGAAGAAGUUAAAAAUCAGGAAAUAGAUAGCAAUCAGGAGAAGAAUUCUCUAGGGCAGAGUAAUGAGAACACUAUAUCUGAGGAUCUUGUUCUAGGAGAAAGCCAAAUGAAUGAGAUGCCGAAGAAACAAAUGAUGCCUGGUACUGCCAAGGAACCUCAUAUAAAAUCAGAAGCAGAAUCAAGUAAUAACAAUAAUGCAGACAUGGACAACAUGCAAUCCAAAUGA